GUAGUUUUUUACCCACGCGCGUUCCGGUCGUGGUGCCCCGGCCUCCCGGGCUCAGGGCACCUCUCAGGAACUGUUUGUUCCGGCGCGGCUUAUUCCGCGACCGGAGCCGCUCAUGCAUGCGCAGUCGUGGUGGCCAUAUUGACUGUGGCAAAGAGUUUUGCCAUGCUUUUCCCGGCUCGCGCUGCACAUUUAGGG